ACUACUUUCUGUCUUUGUUUAUCUUCUCAACUUUUAGGGUUCACAUGUUUCUGAAGAAGAAAGAGAUAACUUUGAAAUCCAGAAAACCUUGUCUAUGAAUCUGUGAAUCCUGGAAUAGAUAUCUGUGAAUUGUGAUUGACAGAGAAGGCUUUUGGGUUAUCAUCAAAUUAAACUUCUGCAAGAUCAACAGACAAGCAUUCUAACUUUGUAACCUGAAUCCUAAGCCGCUCGAUUUCUUCAUAAUAUCAUUUGUGGCGGAUAUCUCAAUCUCGACUUCAGCACCUCCAACUACUCGAGGAUGAUCAAGUAGGAAUUCCAACUUCAAAUGGUGGACAAAUGGAGAUUUUAAGAGAAUGAUGUGAAUCUUCUUAAAGAACUUUUGGAAUCAAAUGAUUGUUCUCAAGACAGCUGAACUUAUUCUUGAAAUGUUGAUGAUAGUGAUCAAAGAAGUUAGUGAGGGAAAUAUUAUACAGUUCCUGUUUUUUCUUGUAGAUUUGUCAUGAAUGAAUCGGAAUACAUAUGUGCUUUGAACUCCGUGUGAAGCACAUUAUGUGAAACUGAUAUGUGCAGUUAAUUCUGAAUGAAAUAAGACUACAGCAGAAGUCAUGAGGAAAUGAAGCAGAGGUACAGCGUAGAAAAGUUCACUGGUGGUUAAAAUUAGAUUAGACUGGCAGUUGCAGGAAGGCAUACGGGGUUGGUUUGAGGAUAGUAUUUUGGGAUAUUGAAUGAUUUGUGGGAUGUUACUCGAAUAGUGGAUAUGGAAGAAAUACCUUCAAUGGGAAAUAUUUGUAAUGGGAAAAAAGAUGUCUAUUUCCUGCUUAAAUUUGCUUCCGACUGUUAUCCUUUUGUGGCGUUUGAAGGAGGUGUGGGUUGGUGCUCAAGAGGUUCAGUUUCUCUAUUUAGCCCGACUGAGAAGCGAACAACACUGACUUAUAUUGACUAUGAAGGUAACAUGCAACGAGCUGGCAAAGGUGCCCCGGUGCAGAUUAGCGUAGAGUCCUUAAGGUCACUUGGAGUAGCAUACCAGUUAGGAAGUCCCAGAAGGACAGGGAGCAUCUAUGGCAGUUUAUCGGUCUCUUGCUACUCUUUGACUCACCUAUACAUGACAAUGCUGAGACAAUUAGGUGUGCUUGGUAUCAAAAUGAUCACAGGUGAUCAAGUGGCCAUUGGGAAAGAAACCUGCCAUCGUCUUGGAAUGGGAACCAAACCAACAUGUACCCCUCAUUUUUGCAUUGCUAGGCCAGAUCAUGGAGCUCCUGCUCUUAAGAAGGCCGACGUUGGUAGUGCUGUUUCGGAUUUGGUUGAUGCAGCUCGUAGUGCUUUAGACAUUGCACUAACUGAGAGUUGGAUCCUGGCUCAGAACGAAUUUUAGCUAUAUGCUUGACACAUGCAAGUCAAAAGUUUGUUUGCGGGUUGUUGGAAAAGAAGGGCUGGUCUUAGUGUUAUUGUUAGUGCCGUAUUGACUUGUGGAGCUAUCUUCCAGAGGAUGAAAAACUACACAAGCAAUCUUCCAGAUGAUGAAAAACUACACAAGCUAUCUUCCAGAGGAUGAAAAACUACACGGAUUGGGUUUCUCAGC